AUGGGCUCCUCUUCGAUGGCAAUGGCAUCCUCUACAAUGGACUCAAUGUCCCAUUCCACAAUGGGCUCAAUGUCUCUGUCCUCAAGUCUGAUGAUGGACAUGGACCACAGUGGGAUGAGUAUGCAUAUGUAUUUCACCACCAACUAUAAAGAUUAUCCAGUUCUUUUCAAAGGAUUACAUGCCAAAAAUGCUGGAGAAGCUUUUGGGAUUUUUGUAUUACUAUUCUUUGUUGCAUUUUUGGUAAGAGGUAUUGAAUUCGCUAGAAAUUAUUUGGAACAAAGGAUUUGGAAGAACCCUUCCUACCUUGACUGUCAUCCUGGUGAAUCUACAGGCGCCUCGAAUGCAUUGAUGGGAUCUGCUAAUAAAGCUCCCAACUCGUGUUGUGGCGGAGAAACCGAAAUAGAGUCUAAUAAUAACAGUCUUCAGAAAAGCGUGUCGAAUCUUGAACGUAAUGAAAACGUCAGUGGAGAAGGUCCUCAUGCCAAUGGAUAUCCUACUAAAGUUCCCUUAGCUUCAUCUUUGGUCAGAGAUGCUAUUAGGUUAAUUCUUUGUAUCUUACCUGACUUAUUUGGAUUUGCUCUUAUGUUGGCAUGUAUGACUUACACAUUAACAUAUUUUUUUGCAGUCGUUAUUGGUUUAGGUCUCGGGAGAUUCUUCUUUGAACGGUUAUCAGAUACAUAUGCUUUGAAGCCAGUUGGGGCGAAUGGUGCAUUCCAUUGCUCCUAG